AGUCGAUCACUUCUCUCCUGGGGCAAAACUCGAGGGACAUCAAGUAUAGUGGAGACAUUACAGAAGAAGGGAAAAGUGAGGAACAAUUCAGUGAGGACAAAAAAAAGAAAAACCAAAAGAAUUUCCUAUUCUGAGAAAAAUUGUUGUCCUCAAUUUUUGGAAUAUUUUUUUUCCUUCUUCUUUUCUUCAAUUAAGACAAGAGAGACAGAUUUUGCAGAACGAAGAAGAAGAAGAAAGAAAGAGGAAAGAGAUUGGGAAAUGUCGUCAGGUGAAGAUUACGCGGCAGAAUCCACUCAUCUCCUCAGAUCUUCCAAUCAUGAAAAUCCUCCCACGGCGGCGAAAGAAGCCGACAACGACGGCGACUUGGAAGCUCAGGAGGAUCCAUUAAUGGCGAGAUCAAGGUCCAAUUCCAAUUCCACUUCCACUUCCUCCGCUCUCAAGGAUCUCUUCACCAGGCACUUCGAUCCGCCUUUCUCCCCUCGCCGCCUCAGUUUCAAGCGCCUCCACCGCGAUCGCGAGCGGGAUCGGGAUCGAGAUCGAGAGCGUUCUUCCGCCGCCAUUGAAGAGCUUCAUUAUGUUUCUUCUCCUUCUAAUUCUAAUUCUAAUGGCGACGCCGUCGAUGUUCUUGGCGACAGCGCCCCUCCCGAAUGGGCGCUUCUGCUCAUUGGCUGCCUUCUUGGCCUCGCCACCGGUCUCCUUGUCGCCGCUUUCAACAACGGAGUACACGUUAUACAUGAAUGGGCCUGGGCUGGUACUCCAAACGAGGGGGCGGCUUGGCUUCGUUUGCAGAGACUGGCUGACACUUGGCAUAGGAUUCUUCUAAUUCCGGUCACGGGAGGAGUUAUUGUUGGAAUGAUGCAUGGUUUAGUUGAAAUAUUGAACCAGAUAAAGCAGUCUAGUUCUUCUCAUGGACAAGGAUUUGAUUUGCUUUCUGGAGUCUUUCCCACAAUAAAGGCAAUCCAGGCUGCUGUUACUUUAGGUACUGGUUGUUCUUUGGGUCCAGAAGGCCCUAGUGUAGAUAUUGGAAAAUCAUGUGCAAACGGAUUUUCACUAAUGAUGGAAAACAACAGAGAAAGGAAGAUUGCCCUUGUUGCAGCAGGCGCAGCAGCAGGCAUUUCUUCAGGUUUUAAUGCAGCAGUUGCUGGUUGCUUCUUUGCCAUUGAAACUGUGCUAAGGCCUCUCCGUGCAGAAAACUCCCCUCCAUUUACUACUGCAAUGAUUAUAUUGGCCUCUGUUAUAUCAUCCACUGUAUCGAAUGUUUCCAUGGGGACACAGUCAGCCUUCACAGUGCCUGCAUAUGAUCUGAAAUCUGCUGCUGAACUACCUUUGUACCUGAUAUUGGGCAUGCUAUGUGGUGUCGUUAGUGUAGCCUUUACUCGUUUGGUUGCUUGGUUCACUAAGUUAUUUGAAUUCAUGAAGGAAAAGUUUGGCCUUCCUCCCGUAGUGUGCCCUGCUUUGGGGGGUUUAGGAGCUGGAAUAAUUGCUCUCAAGUAUCCCGGAAUACUAUACUGGGGUUUCACAAAUGUCGAAGAAAUACUCCACACUGGGAGGCUUGCUUCAGCUCCUGGAAUCUGGCUGUUAACUCAACUAUCAGCUGCCAAAGUUGUGGCCACAGCUUUGUGCAAGGGCUCUGGGCUUGUAGGUGGCCUUUAUGCCCCAAGUUUGAUGAUUGGUGCUGCUGUUGGUGCUGUAUUUGGGGGUUCAGCUGCUGAAAUUAUCAAUUACGCAAUUCCUGGAAAUGCUGCUGUUGCGGAGCCACAGGCAUAUGCACUGGUUGGAAUGGCUGCAACUUUAGCUUCAGUUUGUUCGGUGCCUUUGACAUCAGUUUUGCUUCUGUUUGAGCUGACAAAAGAUUACAGAAUACUGCUUCCUCUUAUGGGGGCUGUUGGAUUGGCAAUCUGGGUUCCUUCAGUUGCAAACCAAAGCAAGGAGGCCGAAACAUCUGAUUCGCGAAAUUUGGCAAGAGGCUGCUCUUCUAUUGUGCCUGUCGAAGAUAAAGAUGUAGGUUGGAGACGUGUUAAUAAUGGAGAUGAUAGAGAGCUCUCUGUGAUGGAGAACAGUGCUUAUUUUGAAACUGUUAAGGAAGAUAUUCUUCUGGAAGAUCUAAAGGUUUCUCAGGCCAUGUCAAAGAACUAUGUGAAGGUUUCUCUUGCUAUGACUUUGAAAGAGGCCAUGAAAUACAUGCAUGAUAGCCAGCAGAACUGUGUGAUGGUGGUCAACGACGAAGACUUUCUCGAAGGAAUUUUGACAUACGGUGAUGUUAGGCGGUAUCUAUCCAAGAAGUCUGUCGAUGUUUCCAAAUCUGACUCAAGAUAUCCGGAUGAAACUACAUGUCUUGCUUCUUCUGUUUGCACCCGAGGGAUUAUCUAUCAAGGGCAGGAACGCGGUCUACUAACCUGUUAUCCAGAUACAGAUUUAGCAAUUGCCAAGGAGCUAAUGGAGGCCAAGGGUAUCAAACAGUUGCCGGUGGUUAAGCGUGGCAGAGAACCUUUAAGAGAGAGGAAGCGGAGGAUAGUUGCUAUUCUUCACUAUGAUUCAAUCUUAAACUGUCUCAGGGAGGAGAUAAAUCGCCGGAAAUCGGGGCAUCAGUAUAGAACAGAAAACAAUCAUGACGAGAUCAAUGGCCUAAUAUUAAUUCAGUGAGGCACCUACUUAUACUCGUGAAAUCUCGGGCUGGGAAUGGCACCUGCAAAGAAAAGUUAAAAGCUGCACAACUCUGUUCAACCGGUUAAAGCAAGAGAACGAGCAUUAUAAUUUAGAACCGGCGCUUGGUUUUCUGCUUGAUAGAGUCGGGUGACGCAAAGAUCUCGGGGGCUUUUCAUCUGAGGGUUCAAAAUUUUAAGGUGGGAUUUGUUUGUACUUGAUAUUCCGAGUGUUCCAAGCAAAAGGAAAAGGAAAAUAAAGUGUAGGCUAUUGAUUCAGUGUAAGUUGGCAAUUUUCACCUUGUAAAUGGAUUAUACCAUUCAUGUGAUGUAACUUACUAUCCGAAAUCGCAUUAAAGAGCAUAACAUUAUUGAGAUAGUAAAAACAAUAAUAAAAAAUCAAAAGUUGAAGCCAAAA